GGCCUCCGUUGUGAGAAAACGGAGGCAUAAGUAGCAAACCCACAGAAAGCUGGGGUUUAGAUUGGCCCACAGCAGCUUUCCAAGUGCUGCUUUCUCUUCAGAGCUCUUCCGCCUUCUUCACUUUCUGCAUCCCUGCACACUUGUUUCGAUGAACUGAGUUACUGAGAGGAUGAAACGAGGGUUUUGAGCCUCAACAGCAUUAAAGACAAGAGAAAGUUGGAUUUAAGAUCCAGCGGCCAGAAUGAAGACAGUCAUCCUGUUUGGGUUGGUGCUUGGAGCGCUCUCUGCUGCAGGCAAAGUUUUCUUUGCAGAGGUUGGUCAGAAAGUCAACUUACAGUGUGGCGUUAAUAGCUUCAAAUCUGUAGUGGAAUGGAUUGAUCCUGAUAAGAAAACAGUGAGAAUAAAUAGGAAAGGUGGUUUCCCUGGCAAAGGACAAAGUCAAAUUGCAUCAAGGGCACAGAUACGACGAGACACAGACCUGGAAAUAUCCAAUGUACAGGAAUCAGAUUUUGGGGAGUUCACUUGUAAAGUGGAUGGUACACCCUAUAAACACACGCUGGUCAUGGUGUCAGUCUCGGUUUUUCCCAGCGGUGUUGUCCAGAGUGGCACUGAUGUUACCCUGGAUUGUAAGGUCAGCAGUCUGGGGGACGCCAUUAACGUCUGGUGGAGCUCACCAAAUGGUUCACCGCGCCAAACGCAGAAAGUUGAGCUGAAACCUGUUGAUCCCUCAGAUGGAGGGCCUUGGCAGUGUAGAGUGUCCCAUGAUGGGGAGGAAUUCAGCAAAGAUGUUGCCAUUGUUGUAAAAUCUCCAGAUCCAAAACCAACAACUCCUGCAAUUGAAAGAAAUCCCGAUUUUCCAAAUUCAAAGAAUGGGAAAAACUCAACCGGCGGUGCCAGCGACUGGACCUGGGGCGAGCCACUUCUGGGCCUGAGCUGGUGGAUUUGGGUUGCCAUCGGAGCGGCGGGCCUGGUCGUUAUCAUCCUGAUGGUCGUCGUGGUCGUCGUGUACAAGAGGACCAAAAGGAGGAAGAAGAGAUUCAUGAGGAUGAAGAGGGCCCAACUCUCACAGAUGCCCAAGAAGUACUGCCAGUGCGCGCGCCAAACAGCUGCAGCCAAGCCGCACCAAGGACGGCGGCGGCGAGAGAAGCCGUCAGCCCUGCCGCUUCAACCUCUGCUGCAGGAGUGACAUGAAAGAGGGGAGGAAGGAGAGAUAAAGAGAGAUGGAGCCGGCGAUAAAGAGAACAGCAGAGAGUGAAUGUGGCAUGAAUGUAAAUGAGCAUCUGAAUGAGGAUAUAAGCAAAUGUAACGCCGUCAGCACUUUGAGCUUUUCCAGCAAAUACUCUUCAGGCGAUGAUCCUGCUGAACGUCCCGUGCUGCCUCUAUUUUUAUGUUUUAAACAACCUUCAUCUUUAUCCCGAAUUACCUUGCCCGAACGCUCCGAUUCAAUCGCGUUUGUUUCUGUUUCUUAAGAAUCUGCAAGUUCAAACAUCCGGGAAGAGGAGCUCCUACUCAUCCACCCGUUUUUUUUUUCUUCUUCAUUUAUGCUGCGGGUUAACAAAUGUUGUCUCUUGAUGUGUGCAUAAACUCGUUCUAAACUUUUAUUUUGUUGUUGGUUGUAAAUAAAGAUUUUAAACUGUUUUC